AUGGAAACCACAGAAUGGAGAAAUCAGACAGUUGUUACAGAAUUCAUUCUCCUUGGAUUUGGAGACAGCAGAAAGCUACAUAUUAUUUCCUUUCUCCUGUUUCUAGCCAUCUACGUUUUUACCACAACAGAAAAUAUUUUCAUCAUUGGAUUAAUAGCAUCCAACAAUCAUCUCCACACCCCUAUGUAUUUCUUCCUGGGAAAUUUGUCCUGCAUGGAGAUCUUCUACAUUUCAAAUAUCUUGCCUAAACUAAUUGCCAUCUUCCUGACUGGGGAUAGAAGCAUUUCAGUUUGGGGCUGUAUUGUCCAGUUUUAUUUCUUUGCCUCCCUGGCUUCUACUGAAUCUGCUCUACUAUCUGUGAUGUCUUAUGAUCGCUAUUUGGCUAUAUGCAAACCACUGCAUUAUGUAACCAUUAUGAACAGUAAGGUCUGCCUCCAUAUGGCAGCCUGGUGUUGGCUCAGUGGGUUUGCUGCAAUACUGGUAGUACCACAUUUGAUGUCAAGAGUAAUAUUCUGUGGUCCAAAUAUCAUUGACCACUUCUUCUGUGACCUUACUCCAAUAAUGAAAAUGUCUUGUGGUGAUAUACAUGAACUGAAACUUAUGACCUUCAUACUUGCAUUCAUGUUCAUCUUGCCUCCAUUUCUGUUGACUCUAGUCUCUUACAUUUUCAUACUAAGAACCAUCCUGAAAAUCCCAUCAUCUACUGGAAGGCAAAAAGCUUUUUCAACUUGUUCCUCUCACCUUAUUGUGGUUACCAUUUUCUUUGGGUCGCUAUGCAUUGUUUAUGUGCUUCCAAGGACUGAAACAUUACGGGAACUCAACAAAGUUUUCUCUGUCUUUUACACCAUCAUAACACCUCUGGUCAACCCUCUUAUCUAUAGCCUGAGAAACAGGGAAGUAAAGGAGGCCUUUAGGAAAAUUUUCAGGAAAAUACAUGUAUAG